AGUAGUAGGCUAUUUGGUAGCUAAAGCCUAAAGGAAGCCAUUAUCCAGUCUUGGUUCAUGAGAUUUUUCUUCUCCUUCUCAUCACAUUCGAAAUUAAUUCGUCUUCUUCCUCAGACACCUGGUUCAACUCAUUUUGAUGGCAGCAGCAGUGGAGCUAUCGCCAUGGAAGGGACACAGAACCCCUGCUUCUGCCACAAUCUCUUACCACUUCAAUCCUUCUGGAAGCAGAAGAAAGAUCACCCACCUCACCAUUUUGUCUUCAAUUGAUCCCUCUUCUACUUCUUCUUCUUCUUCUUCCUCCACUUGCAGGAAAGCUCUGAAAAACAGGUGUUUGGAAAUCCGCCACGGCUGUGAUUCCACUUUUACAGUUUCUCAUGACAAAGGCAGAAUCACUUUAGGAGAAGGAUUGGGGGAGAAGGUGACAGUGAUCCAAAAAGAUGGUAAUUCGAUCAGGUUCAGAAAGAUCAGGAGCAUAAUCUUGCUCAACAUCAUCACCAUUGUAUGGGCGAGUGACAUUCCAGUGCUGAAAGAGGUUGAAGGGUUCAUGGACCCAGCAGAGUUCUGUGCCGUAAGAUUUGCCAUUUCAGCCAUUCCAUUUCUGCCAUUUGUGUUUCGGGCAAGAAACGAUGCCCAAAGCCGAAACGCAGGAAUGGAGUUGGGGCUGUGGGUUAGCUUAGGCUACCUGGUUGAGGCUCUUGGCCUACUCACAUCUGAUGCUGGCCGGGCAUCAUUCAUUUCACUCUUCACAGUAAUUGUGGUUCCAUUGCUCGAAAGCAUGUUGGGGACAAUGGUGCCUGCUCGCACCUGGUUUGGCAUUUUGAUGUCUGUUUUAGGGGUAGUAAUGCUGGAGUGCAGUGGCUCCCCUCCAAAUGUUGGGGAUCUUCUGAAUUUUCUCAGUGCCAUAUUUUUCGGCAUUCAUAUGCUUAGAACAGAGCAGAUCUCAAGAAGCACAAAGAAAGAAAACUUCCUACCACUUCUUGGAUAUGAGGUUUGUGUUGUUGCUCUGCUAUCCACAAUUUGGUGUCUUGUCGAGGGAUGGUUUGAUGGUGUCAAAAACUAUGACGAGGCCACGUUGUGGGAUUGGAUGGUGGUAUUUCCAUGGAUUCCAGCACUCUACACUGGAGUUUUCUCAACCGGAUUCUGCCUCUGGGCCGAGCUUGCUGCAAUGCAUGAUGUUACAGCGACAGAAACAGCCAUCAUUUACGGGAUGGAGCCGCUCUGGGGUGCCUGUUUUGCGUGGUUUCUUCUUGGGGAGAGGUGGGGUAUCGCAGGAUGGAUUGGGGCUGCUCUUAUACUCGGUGGAAGCAUAACUGUGCAGAUUCUUGGAUCUUCCCCAGAUAAAUCUGGAGAGAUUGCACAGAGCCCUAGCAAAAGUGAUAUCUUGAUGGUCUCAAAUGGUGAAAAACUGCAAAAGGGCCUCUCGGCUUCACCAGUGGUCGUCAGCUCUAGGAAGGAUGUAAUUGACUUAUUAAAGUAAACUAUUUUACAUUCGGAUAUCAAGUUAAUGUACAUAAUCAGCCUU